UUAUAAGAUGUUUUUUUUUCUUUGCAUGGUUUUUAUAAAGCAGAGUGAGAGUUCUUUGUGUCUGUGUCUCUGCUGCUGGUGUCUCCGUGUCUCCUGUACCUCCUAAUUAUAGACAGCCUGUUUCCCCCGACGGCCGUCACUUCCUGUUUGUCCAAUGGGAACUGAGAGGACACACACACACAUUGUGAAGGGUUCCUGUUCCUGAGGGUCUGUAGAUCCACUCAGAGAGGUGGUGAAGCUGAGGAGGUUCAGAUUGUCACUGAGGAGGUGAAGGAGGACAAGAGAAGGACAGACGUAGGUAGAAAACAGGAGAAGGAGCGAGAGAAGAGCUUUUGAAAGUCCGACCGCGGAAGAGAACAAGGCGGAGAAGGAGAAGUGUCUCUUGGACAGAGGGACAAACUGGAGGAGGAAGAGAAAAAGAAGUGUGAAGUUCAGAAAAGGACAGAAGAAGACAGGGAGAAAGAAGUGAAUUAAAAUGUGACUGUGAAGGAGGCGAUUUAAAGGAGGAGAGAGGCAAAAAGAGAAACUGCUGAUGUGACUUUGGGGUGAAAGCAAAGUGACCUGGAGGAAGAGGAGGAGGAAAAGAAGAGAAAAGAGGAAGAGGAGCAGCAGAUGACUGUUUGCAGAGAGAGUUAAUUAAAACUUGAACUGUUUGAGGAGCAGAUCUAAUCUGAUGAUGGGCUGCUGUCUGUUUGUUUACUAUCGGAAGAAGAGGAAGCAGGCCAGCAGAGAUGCAGACUCUCUCAGUCUCUGCAGUCUGGACAUCAACGAGCCCAGCACCAAGCGCAGUAAACUUGUAUCCAGGGUGACGUCUCUGGCCAGCCUGCUGCCGCCCGUCAAGACUGUCCCGCUGAAGAGGAUUGGUCAGACGCUGCAGCGCUCCAUCAGUUUUCGUAAUGACAGUCAGACGGAGAGAGCCGCUCAUCCUCCUCCUCCCUCCUCCUCCUCAUCCACGGUGAAGACGCGCGUUAUCUCAGCAACAGUCUCCAACACCUCCUCCACCAUGCCUGCAACACGAGUUUCCACGGCAACAGCCCCAGCCGCCAAGCGCCGUGACAGCAAGCUUUGGAGUGAGACAUUUGACGUCCGGCUGGGAGCGACGCAACCUCUGAGCCCAAAAGAGAUUAAACGACAAGAGGCCAUAUUUGAGUUGGCUCAGGGCGAACAAGACUUGGUGGAGGAUCUCAAGUUGGCAAAGAAGGCCUACCGUGACCCGAUGCUGAAGCUGUCAAUCAUGACUGAGCAGGAACUGAACCAGAUCUUCGGCACUCUGGACUCGCUGAUUCCCCUGCAUGAAGACCUGCUGAGUCAUCUCAGAGACGCCAGAAAACCUGACGGGUCCACAGAACAUGUGGGACACAUCCUGACUGACUGGCUCCCCUGUCUCUCCUCCUACACCGCGUACUGCAGUAACCAGGUGAAGGCCAAGGCCUUGUUGGACCAGAAGAAGCAGGAUCGGCGGGUCCAGGACUUCUUGCAGCGCUGUCUCCAGUCACCAUUCAGCAGGAAGUUGGACUUGUGGAACUUCCUGGACAUCCCCCGCAGCCGACUGGUGAAAUACCCACUGCUGCUCAGGGAGAUCCUGAAGCACACACCCAACGAUCACCCAGACCGGCAGCACCUGGAUGAGGCGAUGCUGAUGGUGCAGAGCGUGGUGGCGGACAUCAACAAGCGGACAGGGGAGUCGGAGUGUCAGUACUACAAGGACCGCCUGUUGUACACGGAGGACGGACAGAGGGACGGACUCAUCGAGCGGUCCAGGACCCUCUGCUGCCACGGAGAGCUGAAGAACAACAGAGGACUGAAACUCCACGUGUUCCUGUUCCAGGACGUUCUCGUCAUCACCAGGUCUGUCUCACUCAACGACCAGCCAGUCAGAUACCAGCUCUGCCGCCAGUCAAUCCCCAUCCGGCAGCUGGAUCUGGAGGACCUAUCAGAUGGAGAGAUGAGAGUGGGCGGGUCCAUCAGAGGAGCCUUCAGCAACAACGAGCGCACAAAGAACUUCUUCCGGGUUUCGGACCGCACUGGCGGUCAGCUGCAGAGCCACUGCUUCCAGGCCAGCGACGCCUUCAACAAACAGCAGUGGAUCAACUGCAUCAAACAAGCCAAGGAAGCAGCAGCACUGACUGGAGACCAGCCACCACAGACAGGACAAUGUCUGGAGACAGGGCUGGGUGGACAGAUAGGGCCGGUUAGUGAGACAGGUAUGAGUUUAAGUGGUGAUUCUGGGCUUGAAGAUGAAAAGGGGGUGUGGGGGGAGGCAGAAACAGGGCUGAGUGUGGAAGGAGAGGAAGGAGAGAAAGAUGUUGGUUUGGAUAAAGAGGCUGAGGUAGGUUUGACUCAAGAGACAGCGACAGGUCGGGAGAUGGAGACAGAUUUGGGUUUGAAUGGUGGGACGGGUUUGGAAUUGAAUGGAGAAACAGGGAUGGACAGUGAGACGAGGCUGACGACCAGUGAGACAGAGACAGGUGAGAUGGAGACGGGGCAGGGUGUCGGUGGAGAGACGGGGGCGGAGCCAGGAACCGCAGCAGACUGGGGGAUGGAUGGAGGAGGAGAAGGAGAGACUCUGAGCGGAGGUGCUGAUGAUGUUCUCACCUCCCUUCUCUCCUCUGCUGCUCCAUGUCAAGAGGAGGGUGAGAAGGAGGUGAUGGAGGAGGAGGAGGAGCGGGAUGUGAUGGAGGAGGAGCAGAGGGGCACUGAGGAGGGAGAGGAGGUCGGCAUGGACACCAGCGAGGAUGACUCGCUGGAGUGCGAGGAGCUAGACCUCAGGUGCUGAUGCUGGGAACUGAGAGACUGACAGCCAAUCAAAUCAUGGACUUGAUGAUGAUGUCACUGAUUGACAAAGUCAAUAGAACAUCAGAUAAACUUGUCAGUGGACCAUUUAAAACUUGACAACAUGAACAUUCUGGGUUCCUUUGUAUUUCCUGUUUGAAUGUUUUGCAGUGUACGUGAAUGACAUCAGCUGACAGGAAGUAAACAGGGACCCAAGCUGUUGCCUAGCAAUGCAAUCCCAGUGAAACGGUCUAUACGCUUUAAUCAGUGUCUUCUGGGAGGCUGUAACUGCUGUAUCCUGACUGCUGGUAACCAUGGCAACCACUUUGUCCCAGAAUGCUACAACAAUGGACACCACUACCCUGGAAGACUGGCCCUUCCAGUUGUACUGGAAAGUUGAGACUUUCAGAGUUCCAAGUUGGAAAUUUCAACUGGAACACCCCCUGAAGUCAGAUUUACAACCCCAAAAUUCAACAUGGCUGCCCUGCCCCUCAACAGUAGUGUCUGUUAGCACUUCUGUCCCAUUUGUGUCUCAUUAAAACAGUCACACACAGAGCCCUGUCCAACUUCUACGUGUGGACAUGUUGCUACAGUGUUAGUAUGCACAAAAAGCAGCGUAAUACAUUGUUAUCAACUCAUAUUGCUAACAAUGGCUAACCCGGCUUGAGCUAGUGUUGCUAACAACACCUUGGUUUUCCGAUUUGUUGUACUACAACACAAUCAGCUCGGUUGUGAUAUCAUUCCCUGCUCCAACAUCCAACUUCCAAAUUAAAUGGAAUGCAACAUAACUGCGUGGAUGUAUUGAGAGAACAGGACACCAUGUUCAAAGAUGGUGCCCUACUCAUUCCAGUGAAAGUUGCUCACCAGGCACACACUGCAAAAAUGUUUUCAAGGUUCCUCAGGCUUUCUUUUUUUUUUUACCAACUUCUUACUGACUCGCCUCACACACGAAUGGCACACUCUUCAAGACUUCAAUUUUUAUUGAACCCAAUGGCUCAAAUUCUUAUAGUGCAAAGACUUGAACGUACAAUAUGUAACUUUCUGCCACUAGGCCUCCAAUGAAAACGAUAACAAAAGACGAAGUAAUGUCAUCAUUGGGGUCAGUUUCUCCUGGUUAGAAUUUCUUGUUCGGGAUAUUUUUACCAGGGGCUAAAUUAUCUACAGUGGUCUCCUCUUCUCCAGAACAAACAGAUCAUGUGAUUAAGACUGGUGGAAACACUGAAUAGAGCUGGCUCACAACAAGCUGCAAUCAGCUGUUUCGCUCAUUGUGGAGGGGCUGCUAGCCCAGCUCCUGCCAAUGUGUGCUCACCUUUUUUCUCUGAAAACUUAAAAUCCAGAUGUUUAGGAGGUUUUCACCAGGGGCCGAAUCAUCCUCAGAGGUCUCCUCCUCUCCGAAACAAAGCGAGCAUGUGAUUAAAACCGCCAAUAACACGACAUAAAGCAGUUUCAUAUUAAAAAUCAAUGUUUGUCCAAUGCUGUUUGGCAUAGCAUUGGCUAGAGCCAAGCUGCUGCUAAUGGUUGCUCAGCUUGUUUCUCUGAAAACUUAAAAUCCAGAUGUUUAGGAGGUUUUCUUCAGGGGCCGAAUUAUCUGCAGAGGCCUCCUCCUCUCCAAAACAACAAGACCAGGUGAUUAAGACCGGCAAAAACACUGAAUACAGCAGUUUAAUAUUAAAAAUCAGCGUUUUCCAAUGCUGUUUGGCAUAGCAUUGGGUGGAGUGGAGCUGCCGUUACUGUUUGCUCAGCUUGUUUCUCUGAUACCUUAAAAUCCAGACGUCAAGCACUAAAAUCCUUCAUCUGGUCAAAACAUGUAGUUUAAUACCGAAGAUUUAAAAAGUCUGUCAUAGAAAUGUGGCUUAAAACUGGAUAUAUAAAGUCAAUUUAUGACAGCUCCUGGCAGACACGUGAUACGAUGCCACUGACAGGUGAUGGCGGCCAAAUGACACAGGCUAUGUCCUCUAGUGGAAUUACAGAUUUCCCUAAGUUUGAACAUUGUUGGAAACAUUUUGGAUAAUGUUAGCACACAAUACAAUAAAAUAUUUAACAUUGGUCUGGUCAUUUUUAGACAUUUUGAUGCAGUAAAGUUACAUAUUAAUUCUUGAAGUUGGAGUGUUUGUGAUACUCAGAACAAUAUUUUUAUGGUGUCAUGUUUUUUAUUCAUGGGAGACACUGUUACUGAUACAGUAUUGUAAAUUUAGCAUGAAGUCUUCUUAAAGCAUUCCCAAUGAAUUAUACACACGUUAAGUGGAUUUUCAGCUUUGACUAUCUAUCCCAACAGUUUUGCCUCAAUAUGUUGUACAACUGAAACAGGUGCUGGACAUGUCACUACAGAGCUGAAAUAUUCAGUGUUUCUUCAUGACAAUCAGAGGAGCCUGUUGUGUAUGUACUGUAUGUAUGUAUGUAAAGAAUGUAUAUUAAGUCUAUAUGUAUAUGAAUGUAGGAACAAAGCCAAGCAUGUCUGUUUGUUAUAUACAGUAUGUGCUUACAGAUUACAUGUAAGAUGUGACUUACAAUGUCAAGACAAUCAGUUUGAUAUUAUAAAUGGCAAUCGUCAGGAUAGUUGUGAUGCUGUCAGUUGUUCUUUUGAGGAAUUAACUGAUGUGUGGAUUGUCACAAGACCAAAGCAUCAAUAAACUGUUGUGAAAGAA